AUGUCUCUGUCCACAGAGAAGUUCCAGGUUGUUGGCCCUUGACACUCCACUGUGGCAUUACUGGGUGAGGAUGCCAUACUGCCCUGUGCCCUAGUCCCAGCCAUGAAUGCAGAGAACAUGGAACUGGGGUGGUUCCGCUCCACAUUCUCACAAACAGUGUUCAUCUACUGGAACCAACAGGAACAGACUGAGGAGCAGAUGGCUGAGUACACAGGAAGAACCUCACUGGUGAGGGGCUGCCUUACUGAGGGGCAGGCUUCCGUGCACAUCCACAAUGUUCAGGUUUCUGACAAUGGAAUGUACACCUGCUUCUUCAGACAUGGAGGCUUCUAUGAAGAGGCUGAUUUGGAAGUGAAGGUGGCAGGGAUGGGCUCUGACCCCCAAGUGCGCAUAGAAGGGCCAGAAGAGGAUGGAGUGUGUGUGGUGUGCAAAGCCUCAGGAUGGUUCCCAAAGCCCCAGGUGCAGUGGAGAGACCUCAGUGGAAACAAGUUCCCAGCACUUUCUGAGGCCCACACCCAAGACAGUGAGGUGCUGUUUAGAGUGGAGGCCACUCUGGUGGUGAGAGACAGUUCUGUGGGGAAUGUGACCUGCUCUGUCCUCAACCCUGUCCUGGGCCAGGAGAAGGCCAUGGCUAUUUACAUCCCAGAGCCCUUCUUCCCUCAGGCUUCUCCCUGGAAGCCAGCAUUUGGUGUGAUCCUGACCAUGCUGGGGCUCCUACUCUUUGGGGCUAGCUAUUUUGUCACAAAAGCACAUUUCACAAGGAUGUUUAAGGAGAAGGAACAGCAGGCAAAAGAAGAAUUGCUGAAGGCCAUUGCUGAGACCCCCACAGGGCAAGUUUGUCCUGAGACAGGGCAAGUUAGUCCUGGAGUUCCCAAGAUGUGCUCCCUGGACUACCCUGGGAACUCCUAA